AUAAGUAAAAAACGACUCACCGCCAGCAAAAAGCGUCUUAUUGUCAUAGAUUUAGCUACAAUCACAUAAUGAGAUUCAAAAAAGUGCAAACUAAACUGCACUUAUGACUAUCAUCAAAACUGUCCAUUGUCCAACAAAGAGGGUAAGCGGACUCGGGAAUAAAACGCCCUGCCCUCGCCCACACUGUAAUCAGUCCACAAUGUAUCACUUGAUAGUGCAAGUUGCGCUCUUUCUUGCGGUUCUGUUCUGUGCGGAUUUCUGGUGGAAACGCGUUGUCCACCGGCAGCUGAACAAACUUCCGGGCCCCGUGUCGGUUCCGUUGCUCGGUUCGGGUUACGUGUUCCUCGGGAAGAACUGUUCCCAAGUGUUUUACACCUUCCAACGGUUGACGGCCCGCUACGGUCAAGGAGGUGCACCGAUUCGGUUCUUCCUGGGACCGGUUCCGUUUGUAAUUAUCAGCAGUCCCGAGCACGCGCAAGUCAUCCUCAGCUCGAGCACGUGCCUGGCAAAACCGUGGAUUUAUCGGUUCACACCGCUGGAAGGGAUAUUUUCGCUUCCGGUGGAUAAAUGGCGCCGCCAUCGGCGGGCAAUACAGCCGGGCUUUAAUUUGGCCGUGCUGAACAGUUUUAUCCCCAUUUUCAAACGCAAGAUAGACAUUUUGGUGGAGAAAUUGGGGCGGGAAGUUGUUGGCGGAGGAACGUUCGACGUGUACGGAUAUGUUGCGGCCUGCACUCUGGACAUGGUUUAUUCCACAACUCUCGGCAUGGAGAUGAAUAUCCAGCAGCAGGCGCGCAGCGCAUACCUAGACGUCCUGGACGAGUUGUUCGAACUGGUGACUAAACGGUCCACCAACGUGCUGCUGCAUCCCCAGUGGGCGUACCGGCUGACGAGUUACUACCGCCGAGAGUGCCGUGCCCGGCAGAUAUUUUGCGCCCCAUCCACGGAAGUACUGCAACGCAACCCGAUACUGGCUCGAUCACCGUCGGAAUUUUCUGAUGUCAGCAAGCCACAGAUCCUAAUUGAUCAGCUGUACGAUUUGGCACUGAAGGAUCCCACUUUUGACCGGGACGCGAUCGAGAAAGAAUUGAACACGAUGAUUUUCGGCGGUAAUGAAACAACUGCGAUUACGAUGUCCAACGCACUUUUGCUGAUCGCGAUGCAUCCCGAGGUGCAGAACAAACUGAUCGUUGAAAUAACACAGGUAUUGGGAGAGAGUUUUGCGAACAUUACCAUUGAACAACUGCAACAGCUAACCUACAUGGAAGCAGUUCUAAUGGAGGCAAUGCGACUUUAUCCGAUAACGACAAUCCUGGGUAGAAAAACGGGUGCAGAUCUUCAGCUGGGCGAGUAUCGCAUUCCAGCUGGAGUCAACCUGGCCAUCGAUGUGUUUAGCAUUCAUCGGAGUGCGGAACAUUGGGGAUUAAAUGCGGAUUUAUUCGUCCCGGAGAGAUUUCUAACCGGCAAGCAUCACCCUUAUGCGUUUCUCGGGUUUAGUGCGGGCCCUCGAAAUUGCAUUGGGAUUCGCUAUGCGUGGAUCUCGAUGAAGAUGACGUUGGCGCACGUGCUGCGGCGGUUCGAGCUGGAAACGCCCCUUCGGCUGCAGGAUAUUCGUAUCAAGGCGUCGAUGACGCUAAAGGUGAUCGGCGGGCACAUUAUAAGCGUUCGGGCUAGGGAUGAGUGAGAUUUUUCGUUUAUUUGUUGUUAGCUAAUAAUUAUGGGUUCGAUUUCCAUCUGCUCCCAAUGAGCUCUGUCUAGACUGCAUGAAUUCUGAAAAGAUUAAAAUCAUCGAUAAGCCCACGACGGGGUUGUGGUAAAAGUUAUGAUUCCUAACUGUCUAGAUUUGACGGAUAUAAUUGUGAUAUUUCACACAACGUAGGUGUAUACAAAUUUAACUGUAAAAUGUAUAACACUCCCUUACUUUAAUUACACCUAGCACAACGAAAUAAAUGUUUUAUUUGCUCUCUU